AUGUCUGUGUCUAUCCGGUCAUACAACGUCACCCUUGGCGAUGACAACACCGGACACCCGCCGUCGUUCGACGGACGUGUGACGAAGCCGACCUCUGUCUGGGAUCAAGUGUCGACUGCUAUCGGUGACGGGACCAUCAUGGAAACCAGCACCAAUGGCAGGCACAUGUACUUGGCUAUCGUUGACCCUGAGCUCACCACGCGGACUCGCUACUCCGAAGGACCAGGAGAUGUGGAUAUUACACAAGUCUUCCAAACCCACUCUCAAGAUGGCUCUGCCAAUACAGAGUCCAAAUAUGCUGAUGGCGCAAAAUCAGUCUUUUCAAUUUGCGUGGGAACUGAAGAUCUCACGGCCAAGUUCGCUGAGGUCCCCUACUCGGAUCUCGAGUGGAAUGCUGUGCAGUUCGUCAAGCGACACUUUGAAUCCAUUUACCCGGAUCACCAUCGACACAUGAAGACUCUCCACUCGAUCGAACGUUCAACUGAGCUUGCACGAAACAUCGGAGCAAGCUUCAUGGAGCAUAUCAUCGAGCGGAAGUGGCACAGGCCUGUAAAGAAGGUGGCAGCCGUGGUAGCUGUGGUCGAAGCAUGUAGGGCAGAGUGUAAAGAGCCUUUUCACGCCGCGAGAGCAAGCAGAUACUUGGGUGGCGCCAUCUGCGCGAGCGUCAGUGGUCUAGGAUACGGCAAGCAAGGAGAGUUGUUGCCUGAAUCUCUGACCGACAUUGAAGCGCUGGCCAGAUGGAUGAUCAACUACAUCUCCGUUUGGUAUAAUUCGAUGAAGGUGGAACACAAGAUCAUGAUAACGGACUCAAUCGAAGGAAAGCCUCAGACAAAGAAGGAAGGAGUUCUGCCCUCCCAAAUUCAUGAGGACGAGCCUUCAAUGUCCGCUGCUCAGAGCGCGUCCGAGACGACGAUCGAUGACCAGAGGAGUGUUUCCAUUAUUGCAUCCCUCGAUGGAAGUCGAGCUCCGGUCCCACGGAAGAAGCUUGGCCUGUGGAAAGACAGCUCCCAGAUUUUCAGCACUAUCCAGGCGAUCUCGGACGAGUUCUUUGAGCUCGCGAAAGUAGAUACAAAAGGAGGAGGUCAUGGUCCCAAGACCGACUAUCUGAAGAGCCUCAGGAAUCAAAUCCUCCGAUUGAUCACGGCGAAUGAUGCUCAGUACCUCAGACAGGAUGACCUUGAUUCGAGGGAGCCUUUUGUACACAUCCGCGCAACUAACCGGACUGUGCAGCUCCUCUCGGCUGCUAUGUUCUCAAGGCUCUAUGUCGACCCGCGCGAUUACUACGAUCCCGAGUCCCCGGUUGACGCCCAUUUCAUCACAGAGACCGUCCAACACAUUCGAUCGAAGUGGCAAGACAUGGUCAGACAAUCGGACGGGAGACAUGGACCUUGCCAGGACAUGAACACUACUAUGUACUAUGCCGAACGGAACUUGACGAAGAACUAUGACGAAUCAGGAGGAGAUUGGUCUGACAUCACAACGUACGUCAUCCGGGAAAUGUCGGUGUCAGCUGAAGAUGUCUCGUCCCAUGACCAUCCGGACAAGGACACCGUAUUGUCCGUGCAGACGAAAGACGGAGAAUUGGUUGGUAUUAAGUACCGGAAGGAACCCAACUCGUCCGAUGUUGCUCCCGCCAUCGAGUUUAUGGCCGAUAUCCUUUCAAAUGAACAGCCAGCUACAGCUGAGAUGUUCUGGAGGUUGGCGAAGUCGAGCAGCAUCUUUCAGUCUGGCCUGGGCGCAGACCGCGCCGUCGAUCCUGCCUGGCAACGGGAGGAAUCAGGCCUUGUCGAUCAGAUCGUCGACAAGUUCUUCGCUGCCGAGGACCAACGCAGGAGUCGAGCACGUUCACGUCGUCCGCGUGAGCAGAUGACGUUUACAGCGACUAUCGAAGGCAUACUCAAGCAGUUGGCGGAAGGAUUAUUAGGCCAAGAAGCCAGAGAAGCCUGGUCAGUUGUGACCAUCGCUGCAGCGGAAACGUGGGAAACUCGGCACAAACUGAUCGGGGCAGUCAUCGAAGUGCUCGUCGGAUGUACGAUUGAGGUUUUGACGAAUAACUCUCGGUUGAAAUCUUUGAUCGUCAAGGUAGUUCUGCGUAUUGCUGAACUAAAGUUGUCAGUGUUGCCUGCCAACUACAGAAUUCGAGUACCCCAUGAUCAUGCGAUGAAGAAUGUAAAUGAAUCCCCACCUGCAAGGGUCCAUUCAGAUCUUAUUACAGGUUCACAAGCCGAGUCCAGGUGGCAAUCGAUGGAUCAUCUUGCUGGAGAACCACCGGGCAAACGCAUUAUUGCCACUACGUGUCAGGACCCAUGUUUCGGAACAAAAGGGAGUGUGGUCAAGGACUGA